AGAAGUUUGCUUUCUAUCGAUCGAGGAAAAGAUGCUCCCUGAUAAUGGUUCAUUCAGAAGGAAGGCGGAAACACGCGACUCCCACCAUCUCGAGGUGUUUGUCCUUAGAAACAACGAAGGUCUGAUUGUGAAAUAAUUGGCCAUCGUCACGAACAGGAAUGAGGAGCCCCGGUUUUCUCGAAAACCUAAAGUCGAGGUUCAACUCGGGGGAAACUAAAACCCAAGCUAUGCCGACCACCACGGCGACCGUUCCGGUGACGAUUCAGGCAACGUCGCCUGAUGUAGAGAGCGGUCCGAAGACAGUCGAUGAGGAGAAUGAAGAAAGAGUGACGAAAGCAGUUCAGAAGAUAAUUAUGAAAGAGGUCGCAGAAGGUGACGCCCGUGUAGUCUACGUUCGCAAGGCUCCUCAGCCGGAAGAGGGCCGUUGCUACACUCUCGUUUGUUGCCUUGUCAUCAUCCUGACCCUGCUCAUUGUGAUCAUGGUGAUCAAGAUGAUGAAAGGAGUCUGA